GUCUGUCCUCUACCUCCAAUGGUGAGUCACGGUGAUUUCAUCUGCCACCCGCGGCCUUGCGAGCGCUACAACCAUGGAACUGUGGUGGAGUUUUACUGCGAUCCCGGCUACAGCCUCACCAGUGACUACAAGUACAUCACCUGCCAGUACGGAGAGUGGUUUCCUUCCUACCAAGUCUACUGCAUCAAAUCAGAGCAAACAUGGCCCAGCACCCACGAGACCCUCCUGACCACAUGGAAGAUCGUGGCAUUCACGGCAACCAGCGUGCUGCUGGUACUGCUGCUUGUGAUCCUGGCCAGGAUGUUCCAGACCAAGUUCAAGGCCCACUUUCCCCCCAGGGGGCCUCCCAGGAGUUCGAACAGUGACCCCAACUUCGUGGUGGUGGACGGCGUGCCCGUCAUGCUCCCAUCCUACGAUGAGGCUGUGAGUGGCGGCUUGAGUGCCUUAGGCCCUGGGUACCUGGCCUCCGUGGGCCAGGGCUGCCCCUUACCUGUGGAUGACCAGAGCCCGCCAGCAUACCCCGGCUCAGGGGACAUGGACACGGGUCCAGGGGAGUCAGAAACCUGUGACAGCAUCUCAGGCUCUUCCGAGCUGCUCCAGAGUCUAUAUUCACCCCCCGUGUGCCAAGAGGGCACCCACCCUGCUUCUGACAACCCUGACACAAUUGCUAGCACGGUGGGGGAGGUGGCAUCCACCAGCCCAGGCAUCGACAUUGCAGAUGAGAUCCCUCUAAUGGAAGAAGAUCCCUAACUGUGCAAAAUCCCAAUGACUCUGCUGCUCCUUUGGGGAAAAGAACCUUGUACUUUGGAGUGAGGCCACGGAAGGGCAGUAUGUGGGGCGUGGGGACCUUUUCUAACUUAUGUACGUGGGGAUAGGGUUUACAUCACCCAUCUCAGACUCUACAGUAAGGCUGACAAGCUGCAGUGGCAUGGUUUCAAAUGAAGCUUGAGAACCUGCUAAGGCCAUGGGGAGCAAGGGCAGAGGGGACCCCACGCG